AUGAAGGCUGUACAUUUCGGUGCCGGUAACAUCGGCCGAGGAUUCGUCGCUGAAUUCCUCCACAAUUCCGGAUAUGAAGUCGUCUUCUGCGAUGUCAUGGACAGCAUCAUCGACCAACUGCAACAAUCCAAGUCAUACAAGGUCAUCCAAGUCGGAGCCGACGGAAACCAGACCACCACCAUUUCCAACUACCGAGCCAUCAACUCCAAAACCAACGAGGCCCAAGUCAUCGCCGAGAUCACGACCGCCGACAUCGUCACCUGCUCUGUAGGCCCCAACAUCCUGAAGUUCAUCGCGCCGGUCAUUGCCAAGGGCAUUGAUGCGAGACCGAACGACGCCAACCCAAUCGCCGUGAUUGCGUGUGAGAACGCCAUUGGUGCGACCGAUACUCUCGCGGAGCACAUCAAGAAUCCCAAGAACACCUCCCCGGACCGCCUCGCCGACCACCACAAGCGAGCACGCUACGCCAACUCGGCCAUUGACCGCAUCGUCCCUGCGCAGGAUGCUGAUGCCGGCUUGAACGUCAAGCUCGAGAAGUUCUACGAGUGGGUCGUCGACCGCUCGCCGUUCCGUGACCACGAGCCUCCGGCUAUCGCGGGUAUCAAGUGGGUCGACGACCUGAUCCCCUACAUCGAGCGCAAGCUGUUCACCGUGAACACCGGGCAUGCGGCGGCGGCCUACCACGGAUACUACCACCAGAAGACCACCGUCUUCGAUGCGCUCCAAGACGAGAAAAUCAUUGACGAGGUCCGCAAGGCGCUGGCCGAGACGAGCUCGCUAAUUGUGGGCAAGCAUGGUAUCCCGGAGCAGGAACAGAGAGAUUAUGUCGAGAAGAUCAUUACUCGUAUCGGCAACCCGCAUCUCGAAGAUGCCGUGGAGCGUGUUGGCCGUGCUCCGCUGCGUAAGCUGAGCCGGAAAGAGAGAUUCAUCGGCCCGGCUGCCGAGCUUGCUGAGGAGGGCAAGCCCUUUGGUGCUUUGCUCGACGCUGCCGAGAUGGCUUUCCGUUUCCAGAACGUGGAAGGGGACGCGGAGAGCGAGGAGCUGGCCAAGAUCAUGGCUGAGAACAAGGCAGAGGCUGUUGUUGAGAAGGUCUGCGGCUUGACCAAGGAUGAUAAAUUAUUUGAGCAUGUUGUGAAGGUUGUAGAAAAGGUGCAGGCGGAGGCGUAA